AUGGUUCGGGGCCACGCGAAGCAAGCCGCGCAGGAGGCGGCCAAGAAGAAGGCGGAUGCGCAGAAGGGCGGCAAGUCGCAACUGGGCGAAGCGCGCGCCAAAGGCCUCAAGUUCACCUGCCCCACAUGCAAGGCCCAAAGCCCCAACUACAAGGUGCUCAAGGAACACUUUGACAACAAGCAUCCCAAGGACACCUGUCCGCCCGAAUCCACGUUCACAGCCUAA